GUCAAACUUGCGGUCGUGAUGGUAACACCCGCAAAACAAAUGAAAGCCGCCGCAAGUAUGUAAUAAAAUUAAAACCCAAGGAGUGGUCACGUAGUUCUAAUCUCCACCAGUCGAAGAUAUGCCCACUGAUAGUAAAAGUAACGUCGUUUAACCGGUAUGCGUUCCGCCCUGCCCGCACUCGCCUUACUUCUCACUUCUUCAGAUCAAGACAAUCAUCAGCAGUUGUAUAAAAAUUAGAAAGUGCUUUCUACAUGCUCCGCACACAUUACGCUACCGUUAGCAAUCGCGACAACUCGUUCAGUAUAACGACGGCAGUCACGACAGCACAACCACCAUCAUCAUGGGGCAGCAGGCAAACACAGAGAAAGUUAACAAAACAGUUUAUGUUGUGUUCCUAUCACUCCUGCUUGAUUUGUUAGCAUUUACAAUGAUACUCCCACUGCUGCCAUCACUACUGGAUCAUUACAAGAGUAAUGAUUCACUUGGAUUGUAUUCUUGGUUGUCUGGGAAGAUAAAAUUCUUUCAGGAGUUGGUUGGUGCACCAGACCAGUAUAAUUCAGUGCUGUUUGGUGGUUUUCUUGGGUCUAUGUUUAGUUUUCUGCAGUUUGUUACAUCCCCUAUCAUUGGGGGCAUUUCUGAUGUCUUGGGAAGGAGGAGUGUUAUGAUUGCAUGCUUGAUAGGCAUAGCUUCUUCUUAUAUACUCUGGGCUUUGUCUAACAACUUUGCAUUGUUUAUUCUUGCAAGGUUUAUUGGUGGAUUGAGUAAAGGUAAUGUUUCUUUGAGUAUGGCGAUUAUUACGGAUGUUUCAACGAUGAAAACGCGAGGUAUUGGAAUGGCUUUAGUUGGCAUUGCAUUCUCGUUGGGUUUCAUUAUUGGGCCGCUAAUCGGCGCAGGAUUCGCUGUGUGGGCAAAAACGAAAACAGGAAAUUGGUUUGUCGUCCCAGCGGCGUUCGCCAUUUUCUUAGCGGUUGCUGAUUUGUUAUUUUUUGUGUUUUUCUUCAAAGAAAGUCUUCCAAAGGAAAAACGUGCCAAAUCUUUGUGGAAAUCUCUUGAUAAUGCCAAAGCGCUGGUCGAUGUCCGUGAAAUUUUCCGAUUUUCAACCGUCACGGACCUGAAACCAGCCGAUAAGAAACAACUACGUACUCUGGGACUAGUCUAUUUUGUCUACCUGUUUAUCUACAGCGGUCUGGAGUUUACUCUGACCUUUUUAACGCAUCAUGUUUUUCUAUACACGAGUAUGCAGCAGGGCUGGAUGUUCUUUUUCGUGGGUAUAACGAUGGCAUUAAUGCAAGGCGGGUACACCAGGCGACUCAAACCGGAGAAAAAUCAUUCUACAGCAGUUAAAGGCCUGUGGAUUAUUAUUCCAAGCUAUGUUUUAGUUGGAAUCGCCACAAAUGUAUACGUACUAUACCUGGGGCUUUUAUUAUAUGCAAUUUCAACUGCCAUGGUUGUGCCGUGCAUGACAACAAUGGCGUCCGAGUUUGGUUCAGCGCAACAAAAAGGCACUGUAAUGGGUAUUUUCCGAUCAUUAGGCGCGUUGGCACGCGCCCUUGGUCCAAUUUUCGCCAGCGUCGCCUUCUGGAGUGUCGGUGCUCGAGUUACCUAUCUCACCGGAGCAGUAUUCCUCUUCUGGCCGGUACUUAAACUGAAGGGAAGUAUUUAAAUCGUAAUUGAAUGAUGAUUCAUUGUCGAAACGGGAAAUACCAGUACCAGUAAUGUAGCAAUAUGCAUCCGCAACUCUUUUUACGGAGUUAAUUAACUGUGAACUGUGAUAUCUUGGUAUUUGCGUGCGUGUAAAAUGUAAUUUUACCAUAAUCCAUGUCAUAUGAUGAAACUAUUUAGAAAUACGUAUUUAUACACAUUCCAAAACGAACAAAUGAGGAACGAAGCAAUUAAGAUAGAGAACGUUUUACGUAAUUUAUGAAAAUGUAAUUAAUAUUUUGUAACUUUAUACAAAA